AUGGAGAUAGUGACAGUAUUAAGAAACGAAGAAGAGUUUCGAAACCUUGAAAGCAUUCCUGAAAAAUGUAUAGUUAGCCGAUGGACAAAACAUGCAUCACUGAAACCCAUAUUCGUCGUGGAUGGUGAGAAAGAGAUGAUUGUGUCAGUUCAAGGAAAGCAAUCAGAUCCUGGCAUGAAAAAAUGUUUAUUUGAGAAGUAUUAUGGAGAUCCAUUGCCAAGCGAAGUUGAAGUGCUACCCCCGACCCCAAUGAAAAAUAAAGAUAGUGGAAGUAGAUUGAAAUCUGGGAAGGAAAAGGCUGUCGAACGAAGCAAAAAAUUUUGUCUUUCGGCCUUCCGCUUUCUUACUCAGAUGAGAUAA